AUGGGAGCAAAAGUGUCCCGGACAGAUUUUGAGUGGGUUUAUACGCAGGAGCCUCAUGCCACCCGAAGGAAAGAAAUUAUGGCAAAAUACCCUCAAGUGAAGAAGCUGUAUGGUCCAGAUGAAAAACUCAAAUACAUUGUUGUGACAAUGGUGCUAGUACAGUUGGUGGUCAUGUACUUUGUGAAAAACAUGUCCUGGACAAAUAUAAUCAUUCUUGCUUACUGCUUUGGUGGUGUCAUCAACCAUUCUAUGUCUCUUGCCAUCCAUGAAAUUUCCCACAAUCUUGCCUUUGGAACAAGCAAUAUUCUUGCUAACCGCAUUCUUGGCAUCUUUGGUAACUUACCUCUUGGAGUACCAGUUUCUGUCACAUUCAAAAAGUACCACUUGGAGCACCACAGGUACCAAGGAGAUGAAGAGAAAGAUGUAGACAUCCCAAGUCGUCUCGAAGCUCGUUUUUUUACUCGUACUUACACAAAACUCCUUUGGGUCAUUUUGCAGCCUUUGUUUUAUAGCCUCAGGCCAUUUUUCAUGCGUCCAAAGCCAUUAGAAUUGUUGGAAUUGAUCAACAUCAUUGUUCAAGUUACCUUUGAUCUUAUUGUCUAUUAUUUCUUAGGAGUGAAGCCAAUUGUUUAUAUGAUCAGUGGCACGCUUCUAGCAACAGGACUUCAUCCAAUGGCUGGUCACUUCAUCUCUGAGCAUUAUAUGUUUAAAAAGGGCUAUGAAACCUACUCUUACUAUGGUUGCUUGAAUGCCAUCACUUUUAAUGUUGGUUAUCACAAUGAACAUCAUGAUUUCCCCUUCAUUGCUGGGAGCAAGCUGCCAGAGUUACGAAAGCUUGCACCAGAAUAUUAUGACAACCUUCCAUGCCAUACAUCCUGGGUGAAGGUUAUCUGGGAUUUUGUCUUUGAUCCAGACAUUGGCCCUUAUUCCAGAGUGAAGCGUCCAGCAGCUAAAGUUGAAUGA